AAUACAGUCUUCAUGAUCUCGCUCUCUCUCUCGGAGCGUCAGUGAACAUGUGGAAGAGGUCCAGCACCAGCUCCAGCUCCAGCUCCAGCUUCAAUUCCAAAUCCAGUUCCAGCUCCAGCUCCAGCUCGCAGGCGAAGCCGGCGAACAGCCUGGGCAACGUCGACCAGGUACGGCAGGUGUUCGCCCAGUACGACAAGAACGGCGAUGGCAAAAUUUCCUGCGACGAGCUCCGCGAGGUGCUCUCCGCGCUCGGCUCCUCCCCCACGACCCGCGAGGAGGCCCAGGCCGCCAUGGCCGAGAUCGACAAGGACGGCGACGGGUUCAUCGACCUCGACGAGUUCGCGGAGCUAAUCCUCGGCGGCGGCGAAGGGGGCCCCGAGUGCGGGACCAAGGAGCUCAGGGACGCCUUCGACCUGUACGACCUCGACGGGAACGGGGUGAUCUCGGCGAGCGAGCUGCACGCGGUGAUGAAGAAGCUGGGGCAGAAGUGCAGUCUCAGGGACUGCAGGAAGAUGAUCAGCUCGGUCGAUCGGGACGGGGACGGCGACGUCAACUUCGAGGAGUUCAAGAAGAUGAUGACGGCGGCGAGCAACGGGGCUUCGAGCUAACAGUCGCCGUUCGACUGCGCUCUCGAGUUGGCUCUCUACCUUUGUACAUGCCAAGAAAGCACAGCCGUAACGUGAUCUCUAUCUCUUCGCAUCUAUUUUUUUACCUUUCUUUCCUUCGUAGGCAGACACAUAAUUAGGGAUUGAUUCGACCAUCGUGCGAGGUUAUGCUGUUUGCGCAAAGCGUAAAAGAGGAAGAACAAACAGCGAUGUAGCGGUUUGGUUGGGGGGGGCGAUUAGUAGUUUGACAGAUAGGUUAAAUCUGAUUCUGCGCUGUUCUUCCAUCUUAUAUCAGUUUAUGGAUCUUUCGGCUUCGCUGUCCAAGUCUCGAUCGGAGGAAAAUAUCUUCCUAUAUUCUCUUCUCUUCUUCUUUAAGAUGUUACCACAUGAUAUGCACUCAACUAGUUGGAACAGAUUAUCCUCUAUAUCUCAGUCUAUAAGAUAUCUAUCCGAAACAACAUUAGCCAUCGAGGAUUUUUCGACGUUCAAGCGGAAGUUGGGGGAUCAGUUUCUAGUGUAUAAGGAAAGGAUCCGCCUUUGGUUCUCUGCACGACACCUCUUAUUAUAUGUUUUUUAUUUGCUGGACUUCCAUCAAUUGUUUGGGAUUUCAAGCAAAAACUUCUUUCAAAACUAACAUUUCAACAAUCAAUCAUAAAAUAAUGAAUUGCAAAUUAAGGUAUAGUAAUAAUUGAUUGUGAAAUACUUUCUUGUCAUCGAUAAUCAAAAUAUCUUUUACUGACUAAUUAUAUUAUAACGCUGUCCAAAUUAUAUUAUUUUUUUACGGGAUAAAUGGAGCUUUGUUUUUAUAAAUUUUUUUAUCGGGGCGAGGAAUUGAGGCACUGUUUGAUUGGGUUUUUAGUAGUAGCUAGACGGCUAGUGUAGAGUGGUCCACGUGUAAGGUUUGUGCACUAGUAUUGGUGGACGCGGCUGGAUCUAUCAUCAUUAUUACUUGUGGAGGAUUUCACGCGGCAGUCACCUAACCCUAAGUCCCGUGAAGUGACGGGUGCGUGCGCGUGAGCCUUUCGCAAAUGCUGAGCUCAACGCGGUAUCGCUUUACUGUUUGCCUUCUCGAGCGUUUUGGUUUUUUCAGUUUUGUCGGAAGUAAAGAAGGCGAGGCAGCGUCACUCUCUCCUGACUUUGACCAUUUUGGGCGCACUUGGGCUCCGAAAAUUUCGGUUCGGUUUGCUUCGUUUUGGAGGCUAUUUCCACAUGGCCCCGAGCCCCGAUUCAGGGCCCGGGUUUUGGGAGCCGAUCCCGUGUCGCCCGUACAAAACAGGCAGUUCGGUUUAUAGGGAUAGGCUUGGGCCUUUGUGAUCCCGGUCGUUCGAGUUGGUCCGAUUUGUGCUUUGAAUUCGUGGAUGUUUUGUGUGUUUGGGCCUUAUCAGCCCAUGAUUAAAUUUAGUAAUUAAGCAAAAAGGUCCUUGAUCCUAAAAUUGUCAGGGGGUGGGGGAAAUGGUGGAUCCUCUAAAUAUGAAACUUCUAAACAUCCAUCCAUCAAGAUCAUGAAAAUGUCUAAUGUUUCCUUGAUCUUGAUAUAACUCCCCCUAUCUCAAUGCAUCGAAUCUGCAAAACUGUACAUGUUCCAGCUCCACUGUCAUGGGAUCAAAGACGAACCAAAAUGGGGCAGAUGGUGAUGGUUGUUGCCACAUCCGGCAGUUGAUUAAUUUGAUUUCUUUUAGAGCCGCCACUGAUCUGUCGUGGGAAUUUACCUUAAUCCUGUGAAAAAAAGCGGGAGAUUUAUGAAUUUGAAAACUUGGAUAUACUACAUAAA